AUGGACUUCUCCAAGAUAGACCUCUCCCACCCACCCCUCAAAGACCUAACAAUAUCCAACAUCACAGAAAACGUCCACGCCAUCAACUCCAAAUGCGCCGACGUCCGCACGCGCUUCCUCCUAGAAAAACUCGUCACCCACCUCCACGACUUUGCCCGCGAAACGAACCUCACCACCGCAGAAUGGGAGACCGCCAUCGCCUUCCUCACAGACGAAUUCGUCCUCCUCUCCGACGUCCUCGGCCUCUCCCUCCUCGUCGACUCACUGGACCAUCCGAAACCGCCCGGGAUCGGGGCGACGGAGGGUACCGUCCUCGGCCCGUUUCAUACCCACGAGGCGAAGGAUGUGCCGCACGGGGAGAUGAUUUCGAGGGAUGGGAAUGGGGAGCCGAUGCUUGUUCUGGGGACGGUCAGGGACACGCGAGGGGUGCCGAUUCCGGGGGUGAGAGUUGAUGUAUGGGAGACGGAUUCAAAGGGGCUUUAUGAUGUUCAGUAUGACGGGUACGAGAACCCCGACGGGCGGGCGGUUGUGAGGAGCGAUGAGGAGGGAGGGUUCUUUUUUCGGGCGAUUGUGCCGGUGCCGUAUCCGAUUCCGGGGGAUGGACCUGUUGGGAGGCUGUUGGCGACGCUGGGGAGGCAUUGGUACCGGCCUAGUCAUUUUCAUUUCAUGUUUGAUAAGUCUGGCUAUGAUCGUCUCAUCACAGCUUUAUAUCUUCGCGGAGACCCGUUUGAGAGGUCGGAUGCGGUAUUUGGAGUCAAGGAGUCGCUUAUUGUGGACUUGAAGACUGUUUCGGAUGUUGAUGGGUUGGCUGAAAAGUACGGUGUGAAGCCGUCGACGCGGCUUUUGACGUAUGACUUUGUGUUGGUUUCGGAAGAGGAGGUCAGAGCCUUGAGGGAGUCUAAGUUGAAAGUGUAA